AUGGAUAGUAGUGAUAACAUAUCUCAACUCCGAGUCAUAUACAAUAAAGGAGACCACAUCGUGCUUCAGGACGAGGAGAGGAAAACGAUACAUAAAUGUGGGAAGGAGGGCUUCAAGAUCUACGAGGCUCUGACGCUCAUAUAUAUCAAUGAUAAUACAAACAUCUCCGUUCCAAAAAUCCGUAGCAUUCAGUAUGAAGACGGCAGGGAACUCAACGUCCGCUAUGAUGAAGCAGGAAAAUCAACCAACAUCCGCUACGAAGACGAUAAAGUGUACGAGGUCAAAUACGAUGAACAAGGAAAAUCAACUUAUACCCCCUGCGGAAACGAUGAUGUAGUCCAAAUAACCAUGGGCUUUGUGGAGGGCGAUACACUUGAAAAAGUGUGGAAGGACUUCACUUAUGACCAGAAAGAGGUUCUCGCAGGGGACUUGAAGCGAUGA